UCCGCGCAGCUCAGCCGCGGGCGGGCACAGCUCAGCCGCGGGCGGGCACAGCACCGCUCGGCUCCGCUCAGCUCAGCCGCGGGCGGGCACUGCACCGCUCGGCUCCGCGCAGCUCAGCCGCGGGCGGGCACAGCUCAGCCGCGGGCGGGCACAGCGCCGCUCGGCUCCGCUCAGCUCAGCCGCGGGCGGCCACAGCACUGCUCGGCUCCGCGCAGCCGCGGGCGGGCGGGGCCCGGGCGGGCACAGCGAGGCCGCGCAGCCGCCGCCGCUUUCCCUCGGCCUCUUCCUGUGCGUGCGGAGAUCAUGGGGACACCGCAAAAGGAUGUUAUAAUAAAACCGGAUGCCCCAAGCACAUUACUUUCAGAAAAACAUGCGGAUUAUAUAGCUUCAUAUGGAACAAAGAAAGAUGAUUAUGAAUACUGUAUGUCAGAAUAUUUGAGGAUGAGUGGUGUGUACUGGGGAUUGACAGCAAUGGAUCUCAUGGGGCAGCUGCACCGAAUGAACAAAGAAGAAAUUCUGUCAUUCAUCAAAUCGUGUCAACAUGAAUGUGGUGGAAUAAGUGCCAGCAUAGGUCAUGAUCCUCAUCUUCUGUAUACCCUCAGUGCUGUGCAGAUUCUGAUCUUGUAUGAUAGUCUCCAUGUAGUUGAUGUAAAUAAAAUCGUUGAAUAUAUACAGAGCUUGCAGAAAGAAGAUGGAUCAUUUGCUGGAGAUGAAUGGGGAGAAAUAGAUACAAGGUUCUCUUUUUGUGCUGCAGCAGCUCUUGCACUUCUGGGAAAGCUGGAUGCUAUUGAUGUGGGAAAAGCAGUAGAAUUCGUUUUGUCCUGUAUGAACUUUGAUGGAGGAUUUGGUUGUAGACCAGGUUCUGAAUCACAUGCAGGACAGAUCUAUUGUUGCAUAGGAUUUCUGGCCAUAACAGACCAGUUACAUCAAGUAAAUGUUGACUUGCUGGGUUGGUGGCUUUGUGAACGUCAGUUGCCUUCGGGAGGUCUCAACGGACGACCAGAGAAGUUACCUGAUGUAUGUUAUUCAUGGUGGGUGCUAGCUUCUUUGAAGAUGAUUGGUAGGAUACAGUGGAUUGACAGAGAGAAACUGCGCUGCUUUAUUUUGGCUUGCCAGGAUGGAACUGGAGGAUUUGCUGACAGACCAGGAGAUAUGGUGGAUCCAUUUCACACCUUAUUUGGUAUUGCUGGACUAUCUUUAUUAGGAGAAGAACAAAUUAAGGCUGUCAAUCCUGUCUUUUGUAUGCCAGAAGAUGUCCUUCGAAGAAUAAAUGUACAGCCUGAGCUUGUAAGCUGAGCCUUGUAGAGACAAAAUGUUUGUAUGACCAGUUGCUUUGGUUUUACUGAUUUAUAAUCUCAUCUGUGAAACUGUUAGCAUAUUCUGCCUUCAGAUGUGUUUACAUCAUGGAAGUAAAGCAAUAGCUUUGCUGUGGACUUUAUCACUUUAUAAAUUGUAUCAGAACAGGCUGGUUCUCAUAAUCUGAGUGUAACGUUCUUUGGUUGUAUUCCAAGAUUUCAAUUCUGGAUCUAAAGUUAUGGGCCUUGGCUUUUUUUUUUUUAAAUAUAAUAUUCAAAUCAAAGCUUGACUCUGAAUGCUUAACUUUUCUAUUCCUGUAAUAUCAACCAUGCUAGCGCUGGUCUUCAUACAGGCCUCUUUUGAUGGUGGAUCAUGCAAAGCACUUAAAAAAAACCAAAACAAAACACAAUCCUACCUAAGCCAUGCACUUAAUACCACACAUCUAUGUAUUUGAUUCUUCCUGUUCACAUUUGCCAUCACACUUCUGUACUGAGAAACAGCUGCUUUUUCUCACAGUAAUUGAUACCAGUAAAACCAAGCCAUAUAGUACCAGUAAUUAUGGUUCUUUUAAAUAUAUAAAUGUCUUCAUUUAUUGAUGUGUCCCUUAUACAAAAUUCCACUGAUACUCGAAAUACAGCAUAGCUUGACUAUGUAUAGUGAAACUUGCAACAUUAAACAUUCCAGAGGUCUCUGUUGGACAGUGACUUGUAAUUAAACAUAAAGUUGAUUCUAAAUUUGUUCCUGGAUUGAAACCCUGCUUUUGUAGCUUUUAAGACAGUAAUUGUCAACACUUGAUCAUGGUGUAAUUGAAAAUAAAACAAGCUGUGGAAAUUA